AUGAUUUUGGACGAGAAAAACAAAGAAAACAAUAAUCAUCCUCUUCUCAAACAAAUUGACAAAUGGGAACAAGAAUCUAUCAAAAAAAUUCAACAAACAGCAAAUGAAGCACGACAACAAAUUGAAAAAUUAAUUGGUUCACAAAAAGAAAUGAUAUCGAAAGAAUUGCAUGAUCUGGCUGAACAAUUACGAAAAGCUAGAAUAGAUGAUGAUUUUGUUGAAACUGAUCUUCAUAAAUGGACAAACAUGUUAGAAAAACUUCAACGUGAUGUUACUAAUGCUACUCCUUCGAUGACAAUUAGUGAAGAUCCAACAAAAUUACUUGUCGCUAAAAUAUUUGUUUCUUCAACUAUGCAACAGCAUUUAGAAGAAGAAGAAGAACGAUUUGGAAAAUUUAUUGGCAAUGUUUGUAUUGCAGAUAAUGGUCUUUUGGCUUAUCAUCCUGGACCCGAGAGAAGUGAUGCAUUUGUGUGUGGAAGGCAGGAAUAUUCAUCGGGCAGACAUCGAAUUCGGUUUGUUAUAAAUAAGAAAGAUUCAUCAUAUUCUACGUCGUUUAAUAUUAUUUCAAAGUCGACGUCCAGACUUGACAGUCAAUCCGAUCUAGAAAAAUCUGGUUACGGUUGGUUCAGCGACGAUCAUAUUUGUUGUGGCGGUGCUGACGUGUCAUUCUAUAAACUUCGUCAUGAUAUGAAAGGUGAAACAAUAUUUGAAAUCGAACUUUUGAUUGACUGUGAUAAUCAAAAAAUAAGUUAUUUCAAUGAACGAACGAAAAAUAAACGAGAACUGAAUGUUGAUAUUAAAAAAUGUCCAUUUCCUUGGCAAUUACUUUUUUACUUAUUCGAUGUUGAAGAUUCUGUUCGACUUUUGUCUUCAAAAAAAUUACUUUGA